AUGAGCUUCGUCCCCCGCCGCGGUCUCUCGACCCUCAUUCCCCCCAAGGUCGCCUCUCCCAAGGCCCUUGGUGCGGACCCCAACGCCGUUCGCAUGCAGCGCGUUGUCAACUUCUACGAGAAGCUCCCCCGUGGUGCCGCCCCCGAGGCUAAGCCCACUGGCAUCCUCGGCCGUUACGCCGCCAAGCACUUCAGCGGCAAGAACGCCUCUGCGAAGCCCAUCAUUCACGCCCUUGGCUUCCUCCUCGUCAUCGGCUACGCUCAGAACUACUACUUCCACCUCCGCCACCACAAGAACAAUGCUCACUAA